AUGGGAGCAGUUGAAUUAAAAUUUCAAGGAACUUUUAAUAAGUCUGAUUAUUUAAAGGAAUUUUCCUGUGUUAGUUGUCAGCACUACUUUACGGAGCAGGAUAUUCUAAAAGGCAAUUAUCGCCUUUAUGUGAGUGAUUAUGCCAAUGAG